AUGACUGAUUCACCUCUAAGCCAUCACUUAGCAGAGAAGCUUCCCAUCUCCUCAGUUGAGGUUGCGGCUCCCACUUUUGAGCAGCAUCAUUCUGGCUUCGGUGUCCAAUUUUCGAGGCCCAGAAUCUCAUGGCGGUUUUCUACCACCAAUGAUCAUGUCUACGACUGGGUCCAGACGGCCUAUGACCUUGAAGUCCGUUCGAUCGACGGCGGUGAGGCUGGGUUAUACCAUGUAGACAGUGCACACUCGGUGUUAGUCCCCUGGCCUAACCUAUGUGGCAGCUUGAAGUCCAGGGAGCAAAGAGAAGUUCGAGUCCGGUGCUAUGGUACUUGUCGUCGAUAUGAAGGGACCACAUCGCAAGAGUUAGCCGAAGUCUCUUACUGGUCCGACUGGAGCUUGGUCGAGGCCGCUCUACUUGACAAUCAUGACUGGUUUGCCAGCAUGAUAACGCUCAAGGAUCCAAUCUUGCGCAACGAAGACGGAUCGGCUCGACCUUUGACCUUUCGAAAGCGAUUCUUCUUACCCUCCGACCGGAAGAUCAAGAAGGCUCGAUUAUACAUCACCAGCCACGGGGUCUAUUACGCGAGCGUCAACAGCAAGCCGACAGCAGACGAAUGCAUGGCACCAGGCUGGCAAAGCUACAAGAAGCGUCUCCACUAUCAAAUACAUGAUGUCGAAACCCUCCUUCUCCCUGGCGUAGACAACGUCCUUCUGGUCAACGUGGGACCUGGGUGGUUCGCGUCUGCUUUGUCAUGGGUUUGCCGGAGGUUUGUCUAUGGCACUGAGCUUGGUGUCCUGGCGCAACUAGAAGUGGAGUUUGAAGGCACUGAUGAGCCUUUCAUUGUCUGUACAGACUCUUCCUGGUCAGCCACAAACUCAGCCAUUUUGAGCAGUGAGAUCUACAACGGAGAGGUCUUUGAUCAGCAACGAGCCAUCGAAAUCACCAGGGAAAAUGCAGAGCUGUCUCAAACCGUAUGGGUUGAGACCAGAGUUUCAAGUAUUGCUGUCGCACCUCUGAUCUCACCAAACGGGCCAUCAGUCCGCGUAACGGAACGUCUUCCGCCGAAAUCAUUCUUGAAAUCGACGUCUGGUAAGACCAUCAUAGAUUUUGGACAAAAUAUCGCUGGUCGGCUGUGUAUCAGGCAUCUCCUCAAACCGACAGGACACAAAGUCACAUUCCGUCAUGCGGAAGUGAUGGAAAAUGGCGAGCUGGGAACAGGGCCGCUACGAACAGCCGAUGCCAAAGACACCAUCAUAUGCGCAGGAACACUUCUGACGGAUUGGCACCCCAAUUUCACUUUUCAUGGUUUUCGAUACGCCGAAGUGACGGGGUGGUCCGAGCAGGACAUUGAGAUGCCCUUAACCAAGGACAGCCUCGUUGCAGAAGUGAUGCACUCUGAUAUGCGAAGGACUGGCUGGUUCUCCUGUUCUAACGAGGAGGUAAACCAACUUCACGAGAACACUGUGUGGAGUAUGAGAGGCAACUUUCUCAGCGUACCGACUGAAUGUCCGUCCAGGGAUGAGAGACUUGGCUGGACGGGUGACUUGAACCUUUUUGCACCUGUGGCAACGUUUCUCUACGAUACUGGCGGUAUGCUGGGAGACUGGUUGCAAGAUUUAUACGCCGACCAAAUGGACGAGCAUAAGGACUGGGAGAAAGGCAUGGUGCCGCUCUAUGUACCAAAUUGUCUGACGGGGCUUGGUCCUGAAGACAAUGGAUGGCAUCACAUGCCGAACGGCGUUUGGGGGGAUGCCGCAGUCAUGGUACCGUUUCAGCUCUACAUGAUGACAAACGACAUCGAUAUUCUGAUACGCCAAUAUGAUAGCAUGAUGCAGUACCUUGAGAACGGUGUCCGACGCGGCGAAGAUGGCUUUUGGGAUCGCUACCAAUGGCAAUUCGGUGACUGGUUAGACCCCUCCGCACCUCCCAAUAAUUCAGGAAGAGGUCGGACAGAUGGUACUUUUGUCGCAGACUGUUUCCUCAUUGAGUCGACAAAGAGAAUGGCCUUCAUCGCCAAACGACUCCAAAAAUCAGACGACUUUGCUCACUUCAGCACCGUUCAAUCGCAACUGUUGGCGGCUUUUCGAACGAAAUAUGUGACGCCUGCGGGACUUCUCGCUCCUGACACACCCACGGCUCUUGCUCUCGCCAUCGCCUUUGAUCUCCUCCCAUCCUUUGAAAACUCUCAUUCUGCUUCAGGGGAGCAUGCAACAGCCGCCCGCCUCUCCCGUGCUCUACGAUUUGACGACUUUCGCAUCUCCACCGGCUUUGUCGGCACUGCAUUUCUGCUCUCCAGCCUCACGAAGAUCCAUCAGGACACCCUUGCGUACCAGAUGCUUCUAUCGCGGUCCAAACCCUCGAUUCUUUACCCGGUACGCAUGGGCGCGACAACGAUCUGGGAGCGUUGGGACAGUCUGAAGCCUGACGGACACAUCAACAAGGCCAGUAUGACAAGUUUCAAUCAUCAUGCCUUAGGUGCGGUCACAAAGUGGCUGCACGAAUGUGUUGGCGGGAUCAAAGCUGCCGAUCCUGGCUGGAGCACUGUCGUGAUCGAGCCGUGUGUCAACAGAAUGCUGUCGCACGCAGAAGUGAUAUAUGACUCUGUUUAUGGGCGCAUCGAAUGUCGGUGGAAGUUAAAUGGUGAUUCAUUGAUCGUCGACGUGGCGGUACCCCCAAACACCCACGCACGUAUCAUUUUGCCGAACGUGCGAGAUCGAAGAGCUCAAGGUUUGGAAGUUAAUGAUUGCUGGGUGGGUUCCGGACGGCAUCGUUUCCAGUGUGAGUAUAACCGAGCCGAUCAGCCCGUCGAAGCGAUACUCCCACCUUGGGGAAGGUCGAGUUUCUGA